UGUAGUCGUACUUCAAGAUUCACAUGCGCAGAACGAAUUAUAGAAACAGAAAAGUUUCCGUCAUAGACUUUCUGUAUAAGCCUAUGGUUUCCAACUUCUGAUUACAGCAAAGUAGUGUUUGGUAUCAUGGGACUCUGUUUCUGUUCAUUUGUUUUAUGUUAAGUAUUCAAAAUAAAAUGUCGAAAAUGAGCUCGAAAGAUAAAGACAACAAAACGUUGCAUGAUAGAUUGAAACAAUUUUUCCGUAUCAACAAAGGAAAUUAUAAAAGUCGCGAAGAUUUUAUAUUAACUCAUGAUCUUGAAAAAGAAAUUAGUCCUGAAAGUCCUGUACAUCAACGUACAAAAGCUAUUAAAGAUCUUUGUGAUGCAGUUCUUAAUCAACAGUGGGAAGAUAAAGCAGCUGAACGAUUGUGGUAUUUAGUACAAGAUCUUUUAGAUAAAGAUGUAUCUCGUGAACAUAGACAUGUGGCAUUAAACUUUUUACGAUGUCUUGUUCAAGGACAAUAUUCUAAAUUGUCCUCUCUCAUGAGAAUAAAAUUUUUCAUGGUUGUUAAAGAGCAUAAUAUUCCUGAAGAUAUUGGACCUCGAUUAGAACUUUUACAAAGUCUAACAGAAAAUGGUAAGGAUAUAUUACAUUUGGAAGAAAGAAUAGGACCUUUCUUACUAGAUUGGAUGUCUGUUGUGACUGCAGGAGAUGGGAAAAGGAGUGCUGAAUUUUUGUCACUUCUAGUUAAUGUCAUUAAAUUUAAUUCAGCUUACAUUGAUGAAGAAAUUAUAUCAGGCUUUGUGCAGUAUAUUUGUCAUUUAUGCUACUAUAGUAAUAGCAAUGAAGUCGUUUCUGGAUGUUUAGAAGCUUUAGAUGCAAUUGUUUGUUACAGUAAUUUACAAUCUGAUUCACUACAAACAUUUAUUAUAGCAUUAUGUGGAAGUGUUAAUGUUGAAAAAUAUUGCCAAAUAAGUUGGAAAAUAAUGCGUAAUUUAUUAGGUACACAUAUGGGUCAUUCUGCAUUAUAUACAAUGUGUCGUAUGUUACAAGACCCAAAUUUUCAACGUGAUGUACGUUUAUUACGAGGCGCGGUCUUUUAUGUAAAUAUGGGUCUUUGGGGAACACUCAGAAUUCCAAAGUUAGAGUGUACACCAACAUCUGUACUACCUUCAUUUUAUCAAGCUUUAAAAUGCAAUCAUCCUGUAGUUAUGUAUGAAGUGACAUUAUCAAUACAAAGAUUAGUAAAUAAAUAUGGUGUUGAAUUAUGGGAUCCGACCUGGAAUAUUAUUCUAGAUAUUAUUGAAGAAGUUAUUUCUCAUACAGAAACUAGUAAUCAACCUGCAACCAAACAGGUGUCAGUAAGCUUACAUGAAACAAUAAACAGUAUUGAAAAUUUGUUGGAUAAUAACCAUUAUAAUGGGUCCAUUCAACGAUUUUAUGAACUUGUCGAACGUUGUAGAGAUACACGACCUGAAGGAUCUGUUUUAAAAUUAAUUGAAUAUCGAGCAUAUACUAUAGGACCUACUCAUUACCAGUGGCAAUCUAAAUUAGCCAAUUUAAUGGAACGUUAUUAUAAAAUUGAAACUCGUACUAACAUUAGAAUGAAAAUUCUUGAUGUUUUAACCAACAUUAUUGAAGUUAAUAGGUUUAGAUAUGAAGACGAAUUGAUUGAAAAAAUAAUUGUGCCAUAUUUUCAACACAUUGAUGUAGAUCCAGAUAUUACAGUUCGUAACAGUGUUGUACAUUUAAUUGUUGAUCUUUGUCUUGAAUGUGACACAAAACGAUGUUUAGAACUUUUAGAUAUACUUGAGAAGGUGAUCAACAAACCUUUCACGUUGGACACUCCAAUUUUGAAAGAUGUUGACAUUAAAGAUGUAAAGACUGCAGUAGUUGGUGUAAUAAAAAUAUUAACGUCAAAAAUUUAUCAUUUGCCAUCAAGUCAUGCGAUACGCGCUUAUAAGAUUUUAGUUAAUCAUUUAGAACAACACUAUAAAGAACCAUCUAUUUUCCAUGAUGCUUCUUCAGUUCGAUACUUGAUUUUUGAAUGUUUUUUAAAAAUCAGAGCAAACACACAUUAUCAUCUUGGAUUUUUGGAUGCUGAAAAUCCAUCAGCAAUAAAGUUUAGUCCGUAUUUAGUUUUAGAACAUACAACUGAACGAAUAAACAGUGGAGGUGGUGGAAAUAGUCCUCCUCCAGCUAGUCCAGUUCCGUUACAACAUUUAUCUUGUCAAAUUACUCAUAUAUCACUAGUACAUGCAUGUAAAGCUGUCAUUUCUUGUAUUAAAUCAGAAAAAGACUGGAAAAUUUUGCAGCUCGUAUUAAAGGAAUUACCUCAAUUAAUGCAAAAUAGAGCAUUAAUAUUAUCACGAAAUACAAAUGACAUUGAUUAUUUCGCAACAGUACUUUGUUCAAUGGUCAGUGACAAAAGUUUAAGACUUCCAGAGUCACUUUAUAAUGUUCCUCCAAAAUUUACUGUUUCUGAAUUUCGUGUUCAUGUUUUUCCAGUAUUGGCAUCAUUAGCUUCAUAUCAUGCACAUUUAGAGCCUAAUUUACAGCAGCGUUUGAUAAAAUGUUUGGAGGUUGGUUUAACAGCAAAAUGUGCAAGCCAGUGUGUUACUAGCCUUACAACUUGCAUUUUAGAAAUGCGUGAUGCAAUGAAUAAACUAUUACGGGAAGUUCUUCUAAAUUUAUCAAAAAUUUCAGCAACAGUACAUAUAGCCAUACCAAUCUUAGAAUUUUUAUCUACUCUCACAAGGCUUCCUAAAGUUUUUGCAAGUUUUAUUGGAGAUCAGUACAUGUCAGUGUUUGCAAUUCUUCUACCAUAUACAAAUCCUUUUAAGUAUGAUCAUUACACAGUAUCAUUAGCACAUCAUGUAAUUGCUGUAUGGUUUUUGAAAUGUCGGUUACCAUUUCGAAGAGACUUUGUCAGAUUUAUUACUACAGGCUUGAAGGCUAAUGUAAUAGUUCCUUUCGAAGAAGGACAUUUGAUGAAAUCAGAUUUCAAUUUUAUGAAUGAAGAUUCCUCAAAUAGAAAACGCAGUUCCAGUUUAACUGAACAGGGCAGUAGAGGUAGACGAGAAAGGCCAAUGAUGGCUAAUCGUAUAAUAGGAGAUGGUAAGGUUUCAGAUUUAAAACCUCCAAUUGAUGAAGCUUUAAUGACCUUUCAUGUUGAACUUACUGAAACUUGUAUCGAUCUUAUGGCCCGGUACACUUUUUCAACUUACUCAGCGCGACCUAAGAGACUUCCAGCAGCAAAAUUUCUUCUCAAAGAAGGUCAGUCAAUGACAUGGCUGCUUGGUAAUAAACUUAUCACUAUAACAACUAGUGGUUGUAGUAAUAAAGCAAUGCGUGGGGGACUUUGCGAUAAUUGUUGGGUUGCAUGCAAGCCUAGUUCUCAAUCACCUGAACAGACCAAAACAGCUCAGUUAAAUUUAAGACGCGCAUCGGGUGCUGAGAUUAUAAAAGAAGACAAGUUAUCUAGACAGUCUUCUGGGGGUCACAGUAGUUCUACCAUAAAUACAGUUACUAAUUCUCCAACAGAAGAAUCUAGAAAAAUAAUAGACGAUGUAACAAAAAAAGAUUAUUCUGCAGAAAAGAUAGAUAAAGAUCAAGUUGAAUCAUCAAAAUUGGAACAGAUACUUAAUAGUGAAAAGCAAGAAGACCACGUACUUUGUGCUUGUUGGUGUCAAGGUUGGGCAGAAAUAUAUGUGCGCAGACCUACAGGUGACAUGUCUUGGAUAAUGAGAAUUCAAAAUUCUAUGCAAUUUGAAACAUACGCAGAUUUUCCUGUACAUGAUAUAGUAGCUCUAUAUAAACCAAGUCAAGAUUUGAUACAAAAGCAAAAAGAAUCCCCAUCAGAAUGUUCUGGAGACGAGGAUACUAUGGAUAAAAGUCAUCAAGAUGAAUUGCGAGCUGAUCAUAAUACUCUUGUAAAAUCUGUAAUAACAUCUUCUAUAUCAACGGAUCCAAUUGCAAUACCUGGUUCCCCAGUGCGUCCGAGUCCGUCAAGACAAAGUUCACGUGACAGCUUAGAAAGUUUAGAGGAUGGCGAAGAUGAUUUACGUCGUUCUCGAAAUCCCGUACGCAGAUCAAAUUCUAGUCCUGAAAUGAGUGCUAAUUGGAAAAAUCCAUUUUUGAAUAAAGAAAAAUUAAAUUUUCAACAGGAGCGAGAUCUUUCAUCAACAGAUGUAGAUGCAAAACUUGAUACUGAAUUGAAGAAACAUGCAAAAAAUAUGUACACAAAAGAUAUGAGAGUUAGUUGUGAAGCAAUACCAGAAGAAAUGCUUGGUAUGAGUACAACACCACCAUCAUCAGAGAAUUCAUCAGAGCAUCCAAGUGCUUUAAAGUCUCAACGUUCUUAUCCAGGAGCAACACAGAUAACUCAAAUUAUUACUGUUACUACUACUAGCAAUACUGUACCACCAUCACCUACUACGCAGGUUCAGGGAAACUUUUUGGGAAUACAAGGACGAACAACACAAAUAUCAACUGCAAAACCUCCACAGUCACCAACACAAAUUUAUUCUCGGUUAUCUAAUUUUGAUUCUAGUCAAAAUUCAAUUUCACUAGGAGCAGAAACGAAUAAAUCGUUUCUUGGAAGAAAUCACCUUACAGAUAAGAAAGAUGAAAAACCUGAUCCGUCUAUGUUACCACCUCUGCCAUUACCAUUUCGGGACAGAGGUCACACAAUUUCGGUAAUGAGUCCUGUAAAAAAAUCACGUGGAGAAUGGGACAAUAUUCGUAGAGGAAAUUCACCGCGAGUAAAAGAUACACCAAAAACUGGUAUUAAUCCCAGUUUUGUGUUUUUACAACUGUAUCAUACGGCACAUUUUGGUUCUCCUUCAGAAAAGCCUCUAUUAGUUCCACAAACAACAGCUGUGCAAAGGGCAGUAACAAAUUUAGAUAGAAUACAACCUUAUGAAACUCAUAAAAUUGGAGUUCUUUAUGUUGGUCCAGGACAAGCGUCUAAUGAGAUCGAGAUUUUGGCUAAUCAGCAUGGAUCGCUUCGAUACACAGAAUUUUUACAACGUCUGGGAACAUUAGUUCGAUUAAAGGAUGUCGAUGAAAGUGUAUUUUUAGGAGGUUUAGAUCGUAAUGGUGAAAAUGGAAAUUUUGCAUACAUUUGGCAAGACGACGUUACACAAGUAGCGUUUCACGUUGCUACUUUGAUGCCAACAAAAGCAAGUGAUCCUAAAUGUACAUCUAAGAAACAACAUAUUGGAAACAAUUAUGUUACUGUUGUUUAUAACGAAUCAGGGGAAUCAUACAAUAUACAAACUGUGAAAGGACAGUUCAAUUAUGCAUGUGUUGUAAUUCAACCUUUAGAUCAUGGCACUAAUCAAGUCACAGUUCAAGUAAAAGAAGAAUUAGCAAAACACAUUCGACAUAAUGAACCUAAAACUAUUUCUGAUCAAAAUUUAGCUAUCUUGUCUCGACAACUUGCUCUUCAUGCAAAUCUUGCUUCAAUGGUUUCUUCAUCUUUAGAACAAAAUAGUCAUAAUCCGUAUGCAUCUAAUUGGUUGGAACGUUUACGACAUAUAAAACGUCUUAGAAAUCGCGUGUUACAAGAAACAAUAAAUAACAAUCCGGAUGGAGCAACUGAUGAUUUAUCACCAAAAGCAAACAAACGUAUUUAUAUGGAUGAUUUUACUGAGUAUACAACAUGAUUUAAUUGUAAUAAAAGAAAUGCUAUUGUUGUUACUGAUUUACUUAUAUACAUUAUAAUAAUAUAUUGAUGCAAUGAUUUAGCACCACUUAAAAUAAAUUUAAUUACUGUGUAUCCAUAAAUGUUUCUUCUAUAUUAAAUUUUAAGUAUAUUUACACAGCAAUUUAAUAGUAGCAAUUUGUAAUGCUGGAAUAAAUAUUUCAAUAGUUAUA